AUGCCUUCCUCAUCUAUGGGUAGUUCUAAACGUUCUAAACGCAAAAAUAUAAAAAGAGAAGUUGGGCUUACAACAGAACAAGAAGAAGAGAUUCGCGAAGCCUUUGACUUGUUUGAUACGAAAGGUUCAGGAACCAUUAGCAUAAAAGAUUUCAAAGUUGCCAUUCGUGCACUGGGUUUUGAACUCAAAAAGGAAGAAAUAGAUAAUCUUUUGAAUGAAGUUGACCAUGAUGGUAGUGGUACAAUUGAUCUUGAAGCCUUUACUGCAAUAAUGGCUGCGAAAAUGUCUGAACGCGAUGUACAAGAUGACUUCAAAAAAAUAUUUCGCCUUUUUGAUGAUGAUGAGACAGGAAAGAUAACUUUCAAGAAUUUAAAACGUGUCGCCAAAGAACUUGAUAUCGAGAUAAGUGAUGAUAAAUUGAGAGAAAUGAUUGAAGAAGCCGAUCUAAAUGGCGAUAAUGGA